AUGAAAGCACUUUCGUGCCUCGUGCUAUUCUUGAUUCUCGUGGACUGCGUCGCUUCCAUGCCCAUGCUCCACGCAAAGUUGCCGUUCGCACAUGUCCCACUGGCCAAAAGAGCCAAGCAGAUUUGCGGAUGGAAAAAGGAAUUCGGCGUGGGUCCGGCCGUGGUGUAUCGCUCCCUUUUCGCACUGUGCGACCAGCCAGCAGGCAGCGAAGCGCCAAGGGUCUCUGUGGGCAUGCCAACGCCAACGACGAAGUCGCCCACGCGCACAUCGAAGCAGAUCUCUCCUGCGCCUCGACGUAGAGGCAAUACGUACUAG